AAGAGCGGUCUCCCUUAGAUUUCAGUAUUUUUAGCCUUACCCUUGUGAUUCCUAACAUUCGGUAUUUAUUUAUUAUUCUUUGAUUAUUAAUUGCAGAGCGAGAAAACUCGUGACAUGAAUCUAAGCGGUAAACGUGUUUUUUUGACUGGUGGUGCAAGAGGCAUCGGCCGAGGAAUUUCUGAAGCUUUACUUUCUAAAGGUGCAAUGGUAAUGUUUUGUGACAUAAAUCCAGGGACAGGUAAACAGACAGAGGAAGAACUUCAAAAGCAGUACAGUUCAGACAGUGUUAGUUUCAUAAAAGCCGAUGUGGCCGAUUCUCAGCAACUGAAAGCAGCAUUUGAGGCAGCAGUAACGAAAUUUGGAGCAGUGGAUAUUCACAUUAACAAUGCAGGGAUACUUGAUGAGCGAAUAUGGGAGAGAAUGUUUGCAGUGAAUGCUAUCGGCACCAUCCGUGGAUGUCAAAUAGCCCUGGAACAUAUGCGGCGCGACAAAGGAGGACAUGGCGGUGUCAUCAUGAAUGUGGUAUCUAUGGGAGGACUGGGUUCAUCUUACUGGUUUCCUGCAUACACUGCCUCCAAACAUGCUGUCAUUGGAUUUGUCAACAGCUGGGCUGAAAGUCCUUAUCAGCCCCAGCAUGGUGUUAGAUGGGGUUGUGUCUGCCCAGUGUCUGUUGAUACCGAGAUGCUGAACAUGGAAGAAAACCAGAUCUAUGACUUGAGCGAAAACCAGAAGCAUACAGCAACUCAUAAAGUGCAGAUAAGCGAUGUCGUCGACGUUUUUAUGAAGCUGGUCCAGGACGAAAAUAGCAAUGGUGCCUUGAUGGAGGUCUCCAGAGAAAACAACGGAGUUUACUGCCGGCGACAGCUUGUCUACAUGAACAACGUGUCACCACCUUGCUUCAUGGAUAAUCUUCCGUUUCCGGGUCAAACUUGAAACAUGCCAGCUCCAAUUUUCAAGCAGAAUAGUGAAGAGGACGAACAUAAGUGCGGACUGCCUUUGUUUGUAAAAAGACCAGUAGAAAGGAACAGCGACAACUCCACAUCACCUUGUCUCCCUUUGUUGAUGAUAGUAAGGCGUGUACUGUUUUUGAGCCUGUAGUACAGGGGUGGGCAAUUAAUUUUCCCAAGGGGCCGCAUGAGAAAUUGGGAUGGUUUUAGAGGGCCGGACUAAUAUAGUUAACUCAGUUUUACCCAAUACUGUAUAUAUAUAGUAUACAUACUGGCGGGCGGGCCAGCGGGCGGGCCGGUCAGAGACAGGAGGCGGGCCGGAUCCGGCCCGCGGGCCGGCCUUUGCCCAGGUCUGCUGUAGUACCUAUGUCGCUGACCAUGCGCUUUGGUGUGCGUGCUUGUCUGCAAGAUAUUCAUUUAUGCCUGUCUUUUUACUCGUGGGUUUUGGAACAUUGUAAUAUCCACGUUGCCUUUAUUUUAAAAUGGCAAACAAUAUCAUGAAAGUCUGCAUUCUGGUUUAUAAGAGAAACCUGUUUCAGCUGUAAAACAUUCGUUUAUUUCAUUCGUUUGCUUUAUUUUGUGAACAUUUUUUCAUUUAAACAAGACUUUCAAGCAAACAAAUUUUCGAAAUCGGUUGGAGAAAUAUCACGGAAAGGUAAAAGCAUGCCCCGCAUUUUCAGUGAGUCUUAGGCUUUAAAGUUGUCAGACUGUCGCUAUCAUUUUUCUUUCUUCAGUCUUUGUCGAGGAGAAAUAAACAUUGUAUUUGUUGUAUAAAUGGGACCUGGUGUUCCGCUUUUGUCUUACCGUACAUUAAAAAAGCUUCGAGCAGUAAGUUACCACGAGGCUGCACUGUGACACCGUCUGUGACCCCGUAAACAGCUAGUAUACGCCACUUUAAGGCGCUAGAUGGAUGCUUAUAUUAGCAAUUAAAAUGCUAGCGGUGUACUAUGCAGCUGGCUCCUGUGGCAAAAGUUCCGUUGUGAACAGAUAUUCUAACGCACGCAGCUUCCAAGACUUCUACAUAAUGUUGUCAUUAUUCAGCAAAGAAUGAUGCUUUCUUUUAUUGACUUCUCGCUGGAAGGACUUUCCAGGCCUAGGAAAUUCUGUUGUUGUGUGUAUCACGCCCGCGUUUUGUGUAGUGUGUAGUGCAAUCAUUGCAACACCACGGACAAGGAUGUGGCCACUCCUACAACUUCCCACGCUAACAAAGACGUGAAUAGGCUUCUUAUGGCCUUGAUCUUGUUUACUAAAAAUAGCCUUGUUUCUGGGAGAGUUUUCCUAAACAGCAUUCGAGAACUGUUGUCACUACAACAGCGAGUAAUGCUGCUUGUUGUAAAAGGCACAGAACUUUGAGGUCGUGACCUUCCAGAUGGUACGCAUCGUCGAAACCUAAGAAAAAAGAUUCGUAUACAUACUCGAAGUUUAAAAAGACUGAAACUGCUUCUGGAAUAUUUAUGACAACACACACACACUUUCUCUCUUCGAAGUGUAACAAUGGUGUACGAAACGUUAGUCACAGAAACUUGAGUGUUUGUCUUGUCAUAUAUAUAUAAAAACUAUCAACAUUUUACUGCCAUUAAUAUAUCAUCUAUUAAGGCUUAUGCAAACAAUAAAUGCGAUUUUCUUUGACUAGAAAGUCAAAAAGAUGCUAGAAGCUAAAGAUCGAGUAAAUUAGUCCAGUUUCCUAGCCCUCGGAAAGGCCACCUUUAUGGUCAAAACGAUUUUGUAAGACUUGCACCAGGACCGGCGCUAGGGGUGAUGCGUAACUUUGGGCAAAGAGAAUUGCUGGACCUCUUGAACCCGGCACAAAACACACAGGAUGUCAAUAAAAAAUACGGACUGUCUCAUCCCGACGUUGCACUUGUUAGCGGAGGGCCCCCAUCAGGCGCGAGGCCUUGGUCGGUCUUCCGCCACCCUCUAGCGCCGGCUGUACUUUUGCCAUUAGAAGAAAAAAAUGUGUCAUUACAAUUCUGCCAUUCUUCAUUCAAACAGUUGUGUCAACGACUGAAAAAAGAGUUUGUCUACUAGUGUUACUAAUAGACUACAGCCUGAAGUUAAAUCACGUUUGCCAUUGAUGAAAAACAUUUCUUCGUCUUUUUGUCUUGUUCUUUCUUUUGGUCGCAUCUUGUUCGACAUCAACAACUUCUUUUCUUUCAGUACAGCAGGUACGACCUGCUCUAGAUUCACUCUAGAUUCACUCCCCCUUUAGCGAUAAUCCUGUAUUUCUUGGGCUCGUGUAUAACAGGCAGACACUUCUGAAAGUGCCUGCAUUUCUACGAGAUGAAAGCAAAUUCUCACGAAAGAGUUGCAUCCAUCAGGCUGCCGACUCUGUGUACCUGCAUGCCAGAUCAACAUACUGAGGCUGUCCUUCGUUGCUUGUGCCUUGCGGCUUUUGAAGGCUACUGUGAGCGAAUGAAUGUAAGUCUGAACCAUGAUUGUAUAAGUCACUUUGGUGGAGUGGAUAUGAAUGUGUUGUGGAAUUGUUUUGUUCAUGUGCUUCCAUGCAGAGCUCCAUUUAAUUGCCCUCUGGAAUAAAUAAAGCUGAAUCUCAUAG